GUGCGGAUACUUGACUUGGGCCUGGUCUGAGCUGCCAACUGAAUGUGUGAGAAAGCGAGCAAACAAACGAAAACAAACAACAGAUAUUGUUUACAAUUGGCAAAAGGGCAAGAGACAAGCAAAUAAAAUAGUUUGCAAAUUCAUUCCAUGACAAGUGGCUAAAACAAUAAGCACAAAACGUUUUAAAACUCUCUCUCGAAAUACAAACAAUGAACGGCAACAGCAGCAGCAGCAAUAUCAACGGCAGCAACAGCAGCAACAUCGAGUGCAACAGCAACAGCACGGCAGCAAUAUCAACAUCGUCAGCAGCAGCAGGUCCAGUCACUCGGUCAUCAACGGCAGCAACAACCAUGUUCUAUGGCUAAUACAAAAGCUACAAACAACAAAUCGCCAACAACAACUAAGCCAAAAGUUCGCCAAAGCAUUUGAUGCUAAAACAACAACAAAAAGGAAAACAACAACAGCAGCCACAUCAACAUUGGCAACACUUUUACGAGUUGCCAACUACCUUGUACAACGAAUUUUUAUUAUUGCACAAGGCCUGAUCCUCAUCCGGAAUCAUUAUAGUUCGAGUAUGCGAUGGCAGCGGGAAGAGCAGCCGCGACGCUGGAGGCUCCGGGUCCGCCCAGCGGUCAGGACAUAGCCAGCGACAACAGCGCCCAGCGCCGCACGUUAGCCACGAAGGUGCGGCGAAAAGGGCCACGCCCCCAGCGGCGCCUGCACCCGCCCCUGCGAACACCGCGAUCCCCCCGCCUGCCGCUCACCCACCAACGGAUCCACCUGCUGCUCUGGCUGAUCUGCUGUUGCUGCCAACUGGGCCAGCUGGCGGCCAGCGAGUGCCCGGCGGUGUGCGAGUGCAAGUGGAAGAGCGGCAAGGAGUCCGUCUUGUGCCUUAACGCCAACCUCACCCACAUCCCUUUGCCGCUGGACGGGGGCACCCAGUUGCUGGACCUGAGCGGCAAUGAGAUUCAAUCGAUACCGGACGACAGCUUCGCCUCCGCCCAGCUGCUCAACCUGCAGAAGGUUUACAUGGCCAGGUGCCACCUGCGGCUGAUCGAAAGGCAUGCCUUCCGCAAGCUGAUCAACCUGGUGGAGCUGGAUUUGAGCCAGAACCUCCUCUCGGCCAUACCCUCGUUGGCCCUGUUCCAUGUCUCGGAGCUGAGGGAACUGCGGCUGAGUGGGAAUCCAAUACUAAGAGUUCCCGACGAUGCCUUCGGCCAUGUCCCCCAGUUGGUGAAACUAGAACUCAGUGACUGCCGGCUGUCGCAUAUUGCAGUGCGUGCAUUUGCCGGUCUGGAAAGCAGCCUGGAGUGGCUGAAGCUGGACGGGAAUCGGCUGAGCGAGGUGAGGAGCGGCACCAUCACUUCGCUGGCCUCGCUUCAUGGUCUGGAGUUAGCCCGCAAUGCCUGGAAUUGCAGCUGCUCGCUGAGGCCGCUGAGGGCCUGGAUGCUGCAGCAGAAUAUACCGAGUGGCAUACCGCCCACCUGCGAGUCGCCACCAAGGCUGUCCGGUCGAGCUUGGGACAAACUGGAUGUGGAUGACUUCGCCUGCGUUCCACAGAUUGUGGCCACGGACACCACAGCCCACGGAGUGGAGGGCAGGAAUAUAACCAUGAGCUGCUAUGUGGAGGGAGUACCGCAGCCGGCGGUCAAGUGGCUGCUGAAGAACCGCCUGAUAGCCAAUCUCAGUGCUGGCGGAGAUGGGGACUCGGAGGCGGAGCAGCCCAGGACAGCGGCCGCCACGCAGGGCAGGAAGACCUAUGUGGUCAAUAUGCUGAGGAAUGCCUCCAAUCUGACCAUCCUAACGGCCGACAUGCAGGAUGCGGGGAUCUAUACGUGUGCGGCGGAGAACAAGGCUGGUAAAGUGGAGGCCAGUGUGACUUUGGCCGUGUCCCGCCGACCACCGGAAGCGCCGUGGGGCGUGAGGAUCGUGCUGCUGGGCGUCAUAGCUGCCCUGCUCCUGGUCGGCGGCUCCUCCUUUGCGGCCAUCUGCCUGUGCUCCCUGCAGAGGCGACGAAAGCUGCGCCUGUGGAACUCUGUGCCGCCGGUGAGGAGAAGCGAGAGUUACGAGAAGAUCGAGAUGACGGCCAGGACGAGACCGGAUCUGGGGGGCGGGGCCAGUUGCGGGGGCGGCAGUGCCACUGGUGCCGGACUCUUUCACGAUGCCGAGGAGCAGGGCUAUCUGCGGGCAUCUCACACUCCCCUGCAGGACAACGAUGCGGGGCAGGCGGCGGCCAUUGUGAAUCCGAGUGCGGGAAGUGCCCAGCGGAGAAACGGGGACUACCUGCACGUGUCCACCCACUGCGACGAUGAGGAGGAGGAGCAGUUGCACCAUCCACAUCCACAGCACCACCCACUUGCACAUCCUCAUCCCAAUCAGCAGCAGCAGCAGCUGCAGCAGAGGAAGGGCUCCCAGGGCCAUGUUGUCUCCGCAUCCGGGACGAAUAAUUCAGGAGCGCUGGAGGAAACGGAUCUGCACAUACCGCGCCUCAUCGACAUCGGCGGUACCGAUUCCGCCUCAAGUUCGAUCUCCAGCCAGGUGGAUGCCGCCGCUCGCUUAGCGGGCUAUGCCGGCCACACCUGGAAGACCACGCCCAUUGCCACCACCAAGAUCAAUUCGCCUCACAGCAAGCCGGCUAACUCGGCGGCGGCAACCUCCUCCCUGAAUCCUCAGGGAACGGGAACGGCCACGCCCUACGCCCACUAUGGCCUCCAGCCGGCGGACGAGAUGGCCACCUCGGUGUUCUGCAGCGAGGGCCAGGAGAGCGACCUGUUUGACAGCAACUAUCCGGACUUGCUGGACAUAGCCAAGUAUGCGGUGGCCCAGGCCCAGCAGCAGGAGGGUCGAGGGCCGGGAGGCUACGGCCAGGCCACGCCCACUCCGAACGGCGGUCUGUGCACCCUGCCCCGCAAGCUGAAGACCAGCGGCAAGUACUUCCGCAACUCCUCGGACAGCCAGUCGCCCCUGCUGGCGGAUAAUUCGAGUAAAUACGGGAGUAGCACCCUGGGCGAUGGCAGCUUCCUGAACGAGGCCAUGGGUCUGGGUCGGCGAUACUCGGCGGAGUCCAGUUAUGCGAACUAUUCGAGCACGGCCACCUACACGGGCGGCGGCCAGCGGGCCAAUAGUUUCCUCAACCUGGUGCAGAGUGGCGCCCACAAGGGCAAUCUGCUGCCCGGUCAUCUGGGCCAGAAGCCCAGCCUGCCCUCGAGCCCAGUGCAGCAUCAGCGAUCCCUGUCGAGUGCAGCCACGCCCCUGCUGGACUUCUCCGCCCUCGCUUCGAGGGCGGCCGGAGCGGCCAACUCCUCGGUGGCUGCCUACGAUUAUCAUGCCGCCCAGUUGGAGCGAUUCCUCGAGGAGUAUCGCAACCUGCAGGAUCAGCUGUGCAAGAUGAAGGAGACCUGCGACACGAUCCGGAAAAAGGAGACCCCGCUGCGCGUGGCCAUUGGCCAGUCGGCCGCCCAGUUGGCGGACCCCGUGAUGUACAGUGCAGCCUCGCACAGUCCGAAGCCGCCGGCCACGAGUAAUCUGAAGGCCAAGACCCUGCUGCCGGGACAGCCGCCGGAUCCACCGCCCUACUGGCUGCACCGCAAUGCCAUGCUGAAGCGGCUGAACGGGGACGGCAGUGGAGGGGCGAGUGGUGGUUCCCCGUCGCCCGCCUCCCCGCAGCCCGGACAGGAUAUUUUCAAGAGCUAAUCGGAAGCGUGUACAGCCGGAGGACUGAGAGAUGGGGCAGGAGGAGAAUCGAGAGCCUUCGGUCCACCGAAGAUGGCAUGAGCUUGCGGGAAUACAAAGAAUGGUUUAUAAGUAAAGGAACUAAGAAAAU